GAAUAUCCAGCCAUUAAAAAUUAUCUGCAAACUAAAUUAAUUAACUAAAUCGAUAUAGGAACAAUUCACAUUCACAUUAAAAAAAGGCAAAUGGAAAAUGCCUACAUGGGUUAGCAUGUAUGAGUUGAUAUAGCCUCCCGCUGUCUGUAUAUCCUAUGUCGAUUUUAAAUUCGAAUUUUUUUUUUAGUCGAAUUUCGAAUUAAUCGAACAAGUGUGCAUCGAACAAUCGGAUAUACGUGCCCGAAAGGCACGUGGCAUUUUUUUUCGUUAAAAAAAAUUCUAACCCAUCUGUGAUUUAUUCACGCUACAAUUUUGAUAAUCAUUUUAACAACCUUACAGCCACGUUUACAAUCAGAUAUUGGAAUCCCACAUCAUCAUGUUGCAUAUCUUGUUUGCUCGUCGAUAUCGGCGUUUUUGUUCCUUUAUUUUGAUUCCAUUGGUAAUUUUUAUGAUUCUGGUGUUGACAUUCUUGCCCGAUAGAUUAGACAUUUUGGAUCCUGCUCAUAAAAACUCUCCUAAAGCUGAAUCUCUCAAUAGUGAUGUUUUCGAAUCUCAAAUUGAUGAUAGUCAUAUUGAACUCGAAACACGAACACAGGUUCCCAUCUUUCGUGAAGACAGUCGACUAGGUAACUUUGAGCCUCCAAAAUCAUUACGAAAAUCGCGCGUCCACAGACCUGGUGAUUAUGGUAAAAAAAUUUCGUUAGAUGAACUAGAUGUUGAUCCAAAUGAAGUGUCCGCUAAGAAAAAUGAAUACGGGAUGAACAUGGUAGCAUCUGAUCAUAUUCCAAUGGAUCGAAUUAUUCCAGACAUUCGCCACGAAGAAUGUCGCCACUGGGAUUAUCCGGAACGAUUGCCUAGUGCUUCGGUGGUGAUUGUCUUUCAUAACGAAGGUUUAACUACCUUAAUGCGUACCGUACACUCAGUGCUUAUCCGAUCUCCUCGACGUUUUCUGCGCGAAGUUCUGCUUGUAGAUGACUUUAGUGAUAAGGAAAAUCUUCAUGCUCAAUUGGACGAUUACAUCAUGGACCAUUUUGGAGCUUUCAAAAUGAGCUGGAAACCCGACUUGAACGAUCGGGCCAGUAUAUCGGGCGAGACAUUAGCUGAUCGCAGUGGUAAAGUGCGUGUUAUUCGCAACAAACAACGACUUGGAUUGAUUGGUAGUCGAGCACACGGGGCAAAAGAAGCUUUGGGCGAAGUGGUCGUAUUUUUGGAUGCUCAUUGUGAGGUGAAUAUAAACUGGCUAGUUCCAUUAUUGGCACCUAUUGCAGCCAAUAAUCGCACAAUGACAGUGCCAAUUAUUGAUGGUAUUGAUUCGAACACAUUUGAAUAUCGACCUGUUUAUCAGAGAGACAAACAUUUUAUCGGCAUUUGGGAAUGGGGUAUGCUUUACAAAGAACAAAGUCUUAACUUGGAAGAACAUCUCCGCAAUCAUCGCUUUUCGGAGCCAUACGAAUCUCCCACACAUGCUGGUGGUCUUUUAGCUAUUAGCCGACAUUUCUUUUUUGAACUUGGCGGCUACGAUGAUGGCUUGCUUGUUUGGGGUGGCGAAAAUUUCGAGCUUUCCUUUAAAGUGUGGCAAUGUGGCGGACGAUUGCUUUGGGUACCUUGUUCUCGUGUCGGUCACAUUUAUCGUCCAUUCAUGCCUUACGGGUUUGGAAAAUUGGCACAAAAACGAAAAGGACCCUUAGUUUUGAUCAACUACAAACGAGUAAUCGAAGUUUGGUUUGAUCCAGAUUAUAAGCAAUACUUUUACACUCGUGAACCAAUGGCUCAGUUUUAUGAUGCCGGUGAUAUCUCUAAACAACUUCAAAUGAAGGAACGAUUGCAAUGUAAAUCAUUUGAUUGGUUCAUUCAGAAUCAUGCCAAAUCUAUUUUCAUUGAUUUUCCACGACUGCCACCCAAUAUUGGCUGGGGUGAGCUUCGUUCUUUGGCCCACAAAAGCUUGUGCCUUGAUUCGCCAAGUGCCCACCCUCCUUCCGUGAUCAUGUUGUCCGGCUGCCAUGGUAGUGGUGGUAAUCAGUUAUUCCGUCUCAAUGAAAAAGGUCAGCUCGGUCUUGGUGAACGCUGUGUUGAUGCAGAUAACAACAAUGUCUUUCUUACAUACUGUAAAUUGGGCACCGUCGAUGGGCCGUGGCGUUAUAACCAAGAAACCCAACAGAUGCUGAACAAGGAUCAGUGUUUAUCAUACCAUGAUAGUCAAUUAUUAUUGGCCGAAUGUAGCGACGACGAUCGGAACCAGAAGUGGUACUGGCAUCAGGUCAAGCCAAAACGUCACUAAGCGGCAACCUAUUUUUGCAGUAUUGGUUUUUUCGACCAAUUAUCUUCCUGGCCAUUUGUUGAUAGAUUGCCAUUACUAUACCUGGAACAAUUUUGACCACGUAUACACAUUCCUUGUCUCAUUGCAAUUUAUAUUUUGUUUUCUCAUUUUAUACAUUCAUCCAUUGUUUUAACCGGUAAUAAAGGCUGGCUUUUCUUUUUUCACA